UCUUCUUAUCUCGACGGAUUUUCUGGUCUCUUAUUUAUUUUUUUAUAUAAUCCGAAAAUAAGGUGAAAAAAGGCGGCUUCAUAACACUUUUUUUCUUCUUCAAAUAAUGGGCUGAUUAUAUUGUACUUGUCGAUUUGUUUUUUCUAUAAAUUAAUUUUUCUCAGCAUUUUGUUAUACUCACACAUUAUGAAGACUACUUUUGUUUUGCUCUUGUUGUUGACAAUGGCAGUUUUGGUUUGCUCUAUUUCUUAUGACAAUGGAGGCACCUCAACGAAUACUCUUGGAAUGGAGGAUAAUGAAUUGACAGUGAUUAUCAAAAACAGAAAGCUACAGGGCAAUGUCAAUGAAGCAAGAAGGAUCGAUGAUGCAGGGAAGAUAAAUCUAGAAGAUUACCGUCCGAUAGAUCCAGCUCCAAGCUCAAAAGCUUCAGUAAGACCAGGGCCUAUACAACAUGGGACUCCUCUAAUGCCUUAUAUUCCUAAGCAGCCUUCACCUCCUCCUCCUCGCUCCAACCCCGUGGGGUUUCCAUAGGCAUGAUCCGUUCUCACGGAUCAUUGCCCAGGGUGAUAAGACGAGGUGUAGCACGGUCUGAUCAGCACAUCUCAUAUUCUAAUGUUAAAAACUAGAAGAAUGUAAUAACUUUAAAAGAAUAAUGUGUGUUUUAUUUGCUUUUCUUGUAAAAUUUAAUUUGAGCCUUCGUGUUUAGAGGUUCGUAUUUGUACCUUAUCUAGGUGGUAUGUAUAACGCAUUUGCUUAAAAUACAAAGUUGAUUCCAUCGA